GUCCUUUCGGGGUCAAUCACGGCGUGGAGCUCCACUCCGACGUCAUCGAGUACGCCAAGCAAAAACUGGACUUCUUCAUCAGAACGAGCGACAGCUUUGACAAGUUCGAGUUCUGCGAGCCCUCCUUCAUCUCCGGCAACUGUUUGGAGCUCUCCCCUGAGUGCACCCAGUACGACCGUGUUUACUGCGGUGCCGGCGUCCAGAAGGAACACGAAGAUUACAUGAAGAGCUUGCUGAAAGUCGGCGGCAUCCUGGUCAUGCCGUUGGAGGAAAAGCUGACUAAGAUCACUCGAACUGGCCCUGCCGCCUGGGAGACCAAGAAGAUCCUGGCCGUUUCCUUUGCCCCGCUGAUCCAGCCCAACCACGCCGAUUCGGGGAAAUCGAAACUGGUCCACCUGCCACCGGUGAUGGUCCGCAGCCUCCAAGACCUGGCACGGAUUGCCAUCCGCAGCACCAUUAAGAAGCUGAUCCACCAGGAGACGGCCGGCCGGAACGGAAAUGGCCUCCGGAACCCGCCGCGGUUCAAGCGGAGGCGUGUCCGCCGGCGCCGCAUGGAAACCAUCGUCUUCUUGGACAAAGAGGUCUUUGCCAGCCGGAUCUCCAAUCCUUCCGACGACAACAACUGCGAGGAGCUGGAGGAGGAGAGCCGGGAGGAGGCAGAGAAGGUUGUCCCCGAACUGAAGCCCGACCCUCCCGUAAACUUGCUGAGAGAGAGGGUGCUUACCCUGCCUUUGCCCGACCCGCUGAAAUAUUACCUGCUUUAUUACAGAGAGAAAUAAAGUUGGCAUGAAACGAGAGGGUAGGCAGGACAACGAAACACUCAGUAGGGCUUGACAGACGUACGCCCCUUGCUUGCAUGGUGGUAAGCCGGCCGGGGAAUGUGGCUGCCGUGUACUUUUAAAACCGUGAUAGCGUUUUUUUCAGAUCCCCUUCCCUUGGUUUGUGUGCUCCAGUCUUCGUCCUGCAGCUGAGCUUCCUUGGGUGGGGGCGGGGGCAGGCUAGCCGCAAAGUGCCCUGACAUGAGGAUUUUGUUCGGUGGCGGGGGGUCCAAAUAAAAACCCAAACCCACAACACCCCAGUUUCUUUGCUGAGACAUCUGUGGUUCUCUCAACUGUGUUUUUUUAGCCAAUGGCAGUUGUCAGAACUGUUACUAAGUGGCACCCUCAAACAAGCGUGUGGCAAUACAGCAGCAUUUGACCCGGGAAGCCGGAUUUCUUCCCCGUGCCCAAAGAAAAGCACAAUAUUAGUAACUUGUACCAGAGUCGGGAGGAUUUGGCGUGUGCCGAAUGCCUAAUUAAAAUCAUAAAGGACAUCAGCUUAGAGAAAAUACGAUAAGUAACAAUCCCUUAAGGUGUCAAAGUUAUUUGGUUUCGGUUUUUUUCAACCCUCUUUAGGAGAAUUCCCAUUUGAUGCAUGUCCGGGAAAGGCUAUGUGAGGUUCAAGUGCAAGCGGCGACCGAGUCUUUGGCUUUGGUUCGGUCAUCCGAAAAUUUGUUUGAUUCCUCUGUUUGGUAACCCCAUUGUCUGAAAGCCUAGGCAGGGAAGCAUAGCGGGGGAAAACCCACAGGGCCAGUUCUUCAAAAGGUAGCAGCCGUUUUUGCGGGUCUGUUGCGUGAGCACCAUGGCAGCCAUGUAGCACGGACAGUUGUGGAUAUAUAUUAUCUAAUCAGAGCGAAAGCCAGGUUAUUUCUGGAAAGGCAGAUUCCAUAUUCUCAGUGGGUGCCCAGAAAUUGGAACCAAAAAGACCAAGUUUAAACAGUUAGAUACACAAUUUGGGCUCGUGCCCCAUCUGAGGCCUCUGCCAUGGUACAGAGCACGGGAAACCUCUUUUUGUGGAGAAAUGAGCUAUAAUUACUAGUGAAUUCAGCUUCAUUUGAUUCCUCCCCCGCUUUAAACAUUUACAGAGAUGCUUAAAAGUUUGAUGAGCAAACAGAAAUGUUGGAUUGUUCUGUGGAACAUCCAUUCGAAUCCUUCCUUGGAUGCUGGUAAAUAAUUUUUUUUAGCCUAGGAAUCUGUAAUAGUGAGAGAAAGAGGAGGAGAUAUCUUUCUGAAGUUCAAGGGUUUUCCUCACCUUGGAAACACAGAGGGAAAACAUCAAAGGUCCCAAAAUACUGGUUUCUAUGCAUAAGAAGCGAUGUCUCCAUUGGAAAUGCUCCACUGGGGUUUUUAAGUUUCCAUUUCAAUGGUGUCGUUCCUUCUGCUGGCCAAUGAAGAUAGUCUUCUGUUAGAACAUGUCAAAGUCUCUCGUAUCCAUGUACGUAAAUCCGUCUGUAAGGAUACUGGGGCGUAUGAUGUGGCCUCACCAGGCAGAGCCACCCUGUACCAUGGGGUACCGGAAGCAUGGCGAUCUCGUGUUUAUUUUGUGGUUCACUUGGAGCGACACAUAACAGCCCAGGGUAUGGAUGAAGGAAAGGGCUCGGUAUAAUACUUCCCGCGCUCCCCCUCCUCUUCGUCUUCUGAGCCUUGGCUGGGUCAGCCCAGAAUAAUCGUCUGUCACCCUUAAAUCCCCAUUUUUGUUCCUGCGAGUUCCAAAUUAGUUUUCUCUUGUCAAGUCAAAAGCUGCAAGACACCGCUGUCUUUUCAAACUCGUAACGUACCAUUUGGCCUCUCCUAGGAACAAUGCUUGAAACUGCUAGAACCUUCUAACACUGUACGAAGCUCCUCAAUACCGAGGUGGGCUUGAUGGUUCAUCUGGCCUAGUAUUUUCUGCUUUAUUUGGCAAUAAUUUUCUGAAGUCUAACCUGGUAUUUGCUUCUCCAGUGGUAUGAGCAGUUUAAAAAAAAAAGAA